GCACUUGAGGAGGUGUGAGCGCAAAAUGCGCAUUUUCCACAACCGCACGAUCAAUCUCUGCAUGGCUCGCGCGCUCUUUCAGAUUUGCGCGUCCCAAGAAAUGGUACAAAAGUUUCGACGAGCACCCAACGCACCGACACAGGCGCGAAUGGACGAUUGCAUUGAGUGUGGAAAAAAAGAGAGAGGUACUUUUCCUUGGCUCCAACACCCAAAGAGCUCCAAGCAAGCAGUUUAUUAGUCUUUCAGCAGCAGUGGUCGAGUGUACAAGACCUUUACACGAGCGCGCGCGCCCCAGAGGCACAGUGAAACGUUCCCCCGCUCCGCCUGAUUUUUUUUAUCUUAAGAAAAAGAAGUGACGAGAUUUCCUCCGGGAUUCAGUGAUUUUGCUCCUCUAAAGAAAAAACUGCGGAUUAAAGAAAUUGUUGAGAGUGUUGGAAGAAAAUCCAGGAACGCUUUUCACCUCACAAGAGAUACAGUAGAGUGAGAGAGACUGUGGGGCUGCCCACAGUGUGACCAACCAAGAAAACAAACGUGCCGUGGAGAAUUGCUGAUGUUAUUUGCAGCAAUUGCUGGGCAGCUGGAUAAAAAGCCCACAGGAGACGGCCCCACUUGUAUAUUGGAAUAAAAUCCAACAACAACUCUGGUGCUGUGCAAAUGAAAGGAAUUUUUGUCUCUUUUGCAAAAUUUAAUAUUGAAUUGUGGUAGUUUCGAAUCUCAAAAGUGAGGUGCAUUAACUGUGUGUGAGUGUGUGGAAAUCCUUGAGGUUUUGGCUCGAAGAAGGCAGAGUGUGAUUGCAUAUUAUUUGUAAAGUGAAAAGCUCCACCAAAGUAAGUGGUGCGAGAGUGAUUUUCUGCACUGAUUUUCAUACGCUCCGACCUGUGUAGCAACUCAUACCGCAGUUGUUGCACAUUUUUCGUAUCAAUUGUGUGCUGUGUGGAAUUGUUAUGCAACCAUCUCAGUACUGACUACCUGUGCUACAUAUGUAGAUAUAUAACUCUCUUUAAAGUUGCAAAUCGAAAAAGAAAACCCAUCGAAAAUCCAUUCAUCCCUCAUACAUUGCUCAUGCAUUGAGUACUAUUGUGGGUGAUUCACUUUCAUCAAAGAGGAAAAGCCCCAAAAAGUGUCGGAAUAAAAGUGAAUUUUCUGGAAGUGUGUCAUUGGAGGUAAGACCAGAAGAGACCCCUCAAAGGCAAAUUGGGGUUGAAUCAUGUAAUUCCCCCGAAAAAAACAGUCAACAACAACUUUAAUAAACCAAUCCAUCGGGAGUUGAAGACUAAAACUUACGUCACGAGCGUGUUAAUGUGAAAGUUAAAGCGAACGAGAGACUUGGCGCGCUUUUUAGUAUAAUAAUCUGCACACCAACGAAACCGAGCGAACCAAUCUACUAUAUACUGGCAACAGACAUCACUGCAUUGGUCCUCAGCUGAAUCGCAUUCAUCACUGGAGCUGGUUUGGGAGAAAUGGAGAGGUUGCUGCGAUGGCUGGUGCUGCUGACACUCUUGGCGGCUUUUCUGGCCGUUCACACGGAUGCCGUGAAAGCCACUUCCCUCAUCUUCGGUAAAACCUCCACAACAAGCACAGAAGCACCCCUAGAUGAGGAACCGAGCGCCAGUGGGGACGAAACAGGUACAGAAAAAUCAGAGAACAACACAUCGACAAAACCCGCCCUAACUGGUAUACCACAAAUUGACUACAUUUGGGAUCCCAAUCUCCCACGAGAACUCAAUGGCUACAAUCUCUCCAACUACCCCUUCCUGAACUCUGUGCCAGACCUCGAAGACAUUGACUUCAAAUGCGACGGUCUUCACGAUGGUUUCUAUGCGUCCGUAAAAUAUGAUUGUCAGUUGUACCAUCACUGCCUCUUUGGGAUCCGGUAUGAUUUCCUGUGUGCCAAUUUCACAGCCUUUGACCAGAAGACAUUCAUCUGCCACUUUGUCUCGGAGGUGGAUUGCAAAAACUCCCCCAAAUACUUCCAUCGGAAUGAUGCUCUCUACGAAGCAGCUACGACAACAACGCAAAAGCCAUCGACAACAACAACAACCACAACAACAACGGCUGCACCAGCUGUGGCUCCAGCUGCGAGACCACGACCUGGACGACCAUAUCGACGUCCCUACCGUAGACGACGUCCACAGCUUGACUACUACUACGAGGAUGAGGAGUACGAUGAUGAUUACUACGAAGAAAGGAUAAAUCGACGAAGGAAGCAGAGACCACGACCUAGGAGGCCGGAGUAUGAUGACUACGAGGAGGGAGAUCGAUACGAACCUCGCCCUGCUUACAAUUCCGAUAGGACUCGGGGUAAAAUGGAGGACGAUGAUUAUGAAUACGAUCGACGCUUCGAACGUCCUCGCUAUCGGCCUCGUCAUGAAGACAACCGUCGCCCCUACGAUGAUCGACGAGGAUACACAGAUAGGCGAAAUCCCGAUGAAGGACGCUACCGACCACAACAGGAGCGACGAUAUCACGAUGAGGAUCGUCGACCUGCACAGGAUCGUCGGAAACCACCACAAAGUGAUCGCCGUCCAAAUGAACCAGUUAAGCAGUCCCGACAUCAGGAGGAUGAGGAUAAAGUGAUCAAGCGCCCAAUUCAGGAGGAACCAGCAAAGACCGUUGAGGAACCCACAAAGAUCCGCCCCAGUGGAAGUGGAGGAAGUAAUCCUCUGCUCUUUGCUCCGCGUACACCACCCAAGAUUCGUCGUCCGGUGCCAAUAAAUGAACGUGAAAAGUACGAAUAUAGCACAACAACAAGCACAAAAGCACCGGAAAUUGAGCCACAGCAGGAGGAAUACUACGAUGAUGAGUACGAAGAUGAAGCACCCGUGGAAACUUUACCCCCGGCAAAAGCACCUAAAGAGGAAGCAACAGAAAAGCCAAGACUGCCUCCGCAAAUUCCUGAAAAAUUCGAAAAUCGACGACCUCAGGAAAGGGAACCAACUAAUCUACCCCCCAGACGCCCACAGGAGUAUGAAUACUACGGAGAUGAGUACGAUGAACGGCCAAAGAGUACCUUCAAGAAGCCAGGUGUUGUACUAAGAACAUCCACCACUACUCCAGCACCACCACCUGUACUACCUGCUCGCACAACGCCUAAAGCUCCUGAAACGGAAUCCGAAGAGGAGGAGAGACCCAAAUUUACAUCUGACAGAUUUAGUAGUCGAAUCCCAUCGUCUGGAAGCUUCUCUUUCGGGACUGCCCGAUUGAGACAAAAAGAAGAAGCUCCUGAGCAAAUUGAGACUCCAUUCAGAUCAACACAGCGCCCGCAAGUCCCAUCGAUAGGAAGAGACGUAGAAGGGAUUAGUAUACCAGAGGAACCACAGUAUCGUCAAGUUAGUCGGGAAAAGUACCCACCACCACAGGAAGACCUUGAGGAUGCGUAUGAAGAAAAACCAAGAAAUCCUCCACCACAAAUCCCCAUCCAAGAAGAUGUAGCACAACGGGAAGUAGUACGACCAGUUGUGCGAGUGGUUAAGAGACCCUUCCUACCAAGUCGUGGCGGUAAUCCCGUUCUCCCGCGAGGGCUUCAGCCAGUCGGAAUAAAUUCCAAAGAAGUCGUCACGGAAAGUAGUGUACCCGUUGAUUUGGGAUCAACAGUGUCGGGAGUACGAAUGCUGGAACAUAGUCCGCCCAUUUUGCGAUUCCCCCAGGAAUACAAUCAACCACCACAAAUUGUUCCUCAGAAAUUCACAUAUAGCGGCCCACGAACAACACAAGCACCCCAGGUGGAUGUGCCCAAGAGUACACUGGAAGAGAUCUACAACAGUGACUACGAUGUUACACUUAAUGAUGCCUUGAAUCCAACCCUAAAACCCAUUGCACCUAGUCGUGCCCCCUCAUCUCUAGGAUACUCCAUCUCGGCUCCUGCUAAAUUGCUAGAACGGAGCCGAUACAGCCUACCCUACACCGCUGCUGGUGACGUUCACUAUUCAUCGUCACAACUUAGGCCUGCAGUUCACCUGCCGCCCGCCAUUAGGCGCCAGGCGCCACCCUAUUCCGAUCCUCGGCCGCAUGUGCCUCUCUACGAACUGGACUACUGAGUAGCAGGGAAUAGGGCACGUGCCCUUCCCGUUCUAGCAUAAGGCUUGUACAUAAUUUAACUAAACAAAAACAGACAAAAACAAGUUAUACUCAAUAACAUUCCAAUGGUGAUAACUAUGUAACGAUAAAAAUGAUUAAAUGAUGGAUGUGCGUUACAUUUCUAACAAA